ACGAGCUCGUAAGAAGGACAUUGGAACCUUCUGCAAGUGACACCGUGGCGGAAUUCUCGAGAUUGUACGUUACCAUAGACUUAAGGUGCGAAGAUGGACCGUAAAAAGAUACUAUACAGAUCUGUUGCACGUUUCUUCGAAAAGGAAAUAAAUUCUAAUCUUUAUUCCUCUGAAGUUACCGAAAGUCUGGAAGGUAAGCGCUCGUUGUCAAAUAGUGUGUUUGGUUGUUUCCAGUCUGAAUUCUGCAUAUGCAUUUUAAGAUGCAUAGUCUAAUGUCCUAACUCCAUCAUGUGAUUUUUAAUAGGUGAGACUUAUAUUUGUUCUCCGAGUAACCAAGAAGCGAAACAUUUCACCAAAAUAAGUAGUAGCAGUUGUCACGGUGGAAGCACUCAGGGAGAAACAGAAAUUCCUGUAAGGAGUAUGUGUCUGUUUUCAACAUGGAACUAUGCACCGAUGUGCAGCAUUUCAAGUCGCCAAAAUCCAUGUAGCACAGAAGGCAAGGGAAGAAAGUAGAAGAAAUGAAAAAUAGAAACAGUAAACAGGGACAUGAAACAAGGAAUAGCAAUUACGAAGGACAAUAUAGUUUCAUUGGGUAUUUUAAGUCACAAGUAAUGGAUGCAUUUGCGUCAUUGAGAACGUUUUUUAGCCUUAUCACGGUGACUGUUUACGGAGUGUGUGUUUUCAAUCCUGAAAUUAAAAUAUCUGCUGCUGGUAUAGUAUGCAGUGGUAUGGCGAGCACAAAAUCACACCCACUACUUGUGACUUGUAUGCAGCUGUGUCACUCCAGUAUCAAUGUUACUUCCCAAACUGUUAGUUAAGAUUGGAGUUCCCUCAUCGAAGUAUUAGUUGUGCGCUGUACAUAAACAGCCCGAGGUAAUGGACUGUGGUAAGUAUAUCUGCCAGAUAACACACAAUGUGUACUGUAAUCGUCUUUGUGUCUGUUAGAUUAUGUAGGUGAUUGAAUUGGUUUCAAAUCUCAUGCUUUUUUGUUUUCAUUGGUUGCAUUAAUGCUUUCGUGAUAUUAACGUAAAAUAUUUACUUUGAAAUAACUGUUGUAUUGACUCUCUAGUCGCGAAACAGUGCAUAGAAACCGCUUUCCACAUAUCUGAUAAUGAAACUGGUGAGGUUCCGGACCUACAAACAUUGUUUGAAUCCCAAACACAGAAAAAGCCCAGUGUUUCCAGAAGUGAACCCACAGAAGAAGCUAAAUCAAUGGCGGAGGCACUGAAAAACCAAGGUAACCAAUGCAUGAAACAAGAAAAGUUUGAAGAGGCUGUAGCUUGCUACAGUAAGGCCAUCGAACUGUCACCCUUCAAUGCUGUCUUUUACUGCAACAGAGCUGCUGCACAUUCUCGAUUAGAUCAUCAUCAGGAUGCCAUCAGUGAUUGUCUAAAAGCAUUGGAAAUUGAUCCGAAUUAUAGUAAAGCAUAUGGUAGAAUGGGAAUUGCCUACUCAAGUAUUGGUAACCACGCCAAAGCCGUCGAAUGUUAUCGAAAAGGUUUGGAACUUGAUCCAAACAAUGAAAAUUGCCAACAGAACUUGUCUAUUGCGGAGGAAAAAUUAAAGAAUACACCGGAUAAUUCUCAAAGUUCAGGGUUAUUUGGCGGUUUUGACCUUAAUUCUAUUUUAAAUAACCCAAUGAUGCAAAAUAUGGCUCGUCAAUUCAUGAGUGAUCCGAAUGCCCAAAGCAUGAUGACAAAUUUAAUGCGCAAUACAUUUGGUGUGGCAGAUGGCGCAAGCAGAGAUAAUCCAACCACCAAUACCUUUUCUAACAACUGUUCCGCUGAACCAGCACAGCCAAGUGAGCCAUCCGGUCAGGUUGGUGGUGAACAAAACAUGGAUGAAUUCUUACGCCUUGGUCACCAAUUGGCCCAACAACUGCAAGCAUCAAAUCCUCAACUUGUAAAUCAUUUACGCCAGACAUUUCUUUCCAAUGUUGUCGGACAAAAUACAAAUCCUGAAAGUAAUGACAAUGACAGUUCAAGUACUAAAUAAGUGGUGUCUUAAUUAGAAGCUCAAUUAUUAUGUCACCUGACUGUGUAUUCCAUUGAAAUUAUGCCUGGACUUCUUUUCAUUUUCGUUCCUUAUCUCUAUGUGAUCUUGUUUUCUAUGAACAAAAUAAGAAGAAAAAUGAUGGUAAAACAACUGUGCACCGUGUAAUGUCCACAUGAAUUUCGCUUGAUGCAAAUAAGUUUGUGCAUAUAUGUUAUUGUAGACCAUAUUAUUUUCUCUCUCUCUCUCUUGUAUAUUUUUCACGUGUUUAAGUAUAUAACUUGAAAAAUGCUUCACAAAUGUAAUCCAGAAAGUUGACUUAAACCGGAUACAAAUGUGUAUUCCGAGCUUUUCGUUGCACUUGCUGCUGAAGAGGAAGUUGAAGUCAUCUACAUCUUAGUCUAAAGAUACUAAAUAAGAUUACUGUCUUUCUCUGAGGUCAUUAAUUCGACCGAUUGAAUGAAACACUAGUAAAUACAAGUGGAAGGUCAAAGACAUCGAUAAAGCAGUUAAUUCGGUUCACCGUCUGAGCAAAUUGAAUUGAGU